CUCGCUCACCGGAAGAGGAAGGACGGUGAGUAAAAAUUUCUGAUGAAAUCUCCAUCUGGAGCGGCAGACGGACACAGGGAGAACCUCGGCGGCUCAACCUCAACAGCAGGCGGACACCGAGAAGUAUUACCGACCCCAGCGAGGAGUCUAAAAACACAACCGGUGAAGGAGUUUAUCAGAGCGGGUGUUGAGGCUGUUUUUGAAAUCUUAAACCGUUGGGAACCAACCCGCCAGUACGCUGCCGGGGGCUAAGCUAACGUGCUAACUAGCAGAAUAGCCGCCGAUCCUCGCAGUCCGAAUUCCGACAGAAUGGAUUCUUCCCGCUUUUCAGACCGGUACCAGUCCUCAUGUCACGGAUCCAACUCGUCAGGCCUCAUUGUCUACCUCAGCUCUGGCUCUACACGGAGGAAGUCCGACCACCGCUCUAAGCCUGACGCCGGUUUUAUGGAGGAUAUUUCCUGGUUUCCGCGCCGCUCCGGUGCUCUGUAAGCCCAAGUGUUUGACAGCUGUCAGACCAGCAGCAGGCGUCGCUGCUGGAGAUUUUAAACUCUGCACUUUAACACAGCAACAUGUUCAGAAACGCUAACGGUGAAGCACGUUUUCCUAGCGGCCCAGGCUCUCCUUCCUCCUCGCAGCUCGCUUCGGUCACCUUUGACGGCCAGGAAAGCUCGUGGAUCGGCCUGCUGUCCAGGCCCGCGCUGUCUCUGCUGCGGAGACUCCGCCUGUGGGGUGCAGCGCCCGCAGAGAUCAGCAACAGCUUCAUCGGUGAGGAGAACGACAUUUUACGACAGUUAAAUGGAAUAAUGCCGUUUACGCCUCCUGUGGGACAUCAAUUUACGCGAUGUAAACACGACGGAGUACCCGGUGUUGGCCUCCUGGAUCCAGGGAUAGGCGGCCCUGUGUCCUGGAUGUCUGCUGGGAUGGAUCACAACCUGCAGCCUCAGAUAAGCUAUUUCUCCUCCAUCAGGACUCAUAUAAACAAGAAUCUGAAGACUCCUCAGGAAGUACAAGGCGCUGGAGGGAGGCCCUUGGUUCCGGUGAGCCCCCCAAUGAGGAGCAGCUCUGCAGGUAAAAUUGGGCCUUGGUGGGGCAGCUUUAUACAAAUAGAGGAAAGCUCAGAGACAUGUCUUCUGUCUGAGGUGACGGAAACGGGCCGGCUUUGUUCUCCCUCUGUAGCCCAGAUAAAAGCCCCCCCUACUGACACCAUCCCUAUGUUAGAGUCGGUGCUGCCAGAAAACGCUGGACCUCCCUGCCUGGAUGACAGCAAAGCCCCUCACAGAGUCCAGAACAAAGCUGGCUUCACGGAAGGUGAGCGGGGCUGCAGAGGGGCAGGACUUCCUUUACCUGAGCAUGAUAACGGGUAUUCCAGCCUAGAGGAGGAGCAUUCCCAGAUGGGCCUCCUUUCCCAGAUGAGGGCCCCCAGUGAAGAGGGGAACCAGCUGGAGCCCAGCGUCCCUCAGAUGGAGGAGAUCCCAGAACAGCCUGAACCUGAAGAGGCGGUCUCCGUUCCCCAGUGUCAAAACAAAAGCAUCGCCUUCAUCAUGGGCUGCCCCUGCAGCGACGACGAGAGCAGCCAAUCAGAAUCCGACUCUGAGUCUGAUGAUGAUGACGAUGAUGACGGCUUUGACAGCGAGGGCUCCUCUGAUCUGUCCGACUCCUCAAACGAAGACGAGGAUGAUGAGGCUUCAGACUCUGACAGUGAACCCGACUCAGAAUCGGAGCGUCUCUGGACCUCCCUGUGCCAAAGUCAGGACCCCUACAACCCCCGAAAUUUUACCGCCCGCCUGCACACAGGCCCGCCCGCCAGGACCGCCCCCACCCUGCCCGUCAGUGUUACAGCUCCCUCACCUGCCUCCACCCCUCAUUCCCCCCUGGCGUCUUCUCCUACCCCCAUCUCCGCCUCCCCUCCAUCCAGCCAAGACACUUGGGACGAUUCAACGUCGGCCAGUGAGGUGGAUGAAGCGGAGAGUCUCCGCCUGCUGAGCUCUUUCAGUUGUUCUGCAGACCCAUACAGCCCUUUAAACUUUAAGGCUCCACUCAGGACUCAAGGCCCCACUGAGCCGCCUCCUAAAACCAAGAACAGAACCAGUGCAAUCCCUCAGGCUCUCCAUCAUAAUACUGCAUCUCCACCUGAGUACAGGAAGGAGGGUGCUGAGGAGAGGCUGGACAGCGGCUUCUCAGAGGCCUCCACCACGCAGCAAAGCUGCAAGAUCCCCAAAAAGGUCCGUUUCAGUGACACUGUGGAGGAGCACUUGAUUAACUCUGAGGAGGACCGGCGAGGUCAGUGGGAGGAGCUGGCCCGGGAUCGCUGCCGGUUCCUGCGGCGGUGUCAGGAGGUUGAGCAAAGCAUCGGGUUCUGUUUGCAGCCACAGCACCGGCAGCAGAUGUUCCAGAGACUCAACGCUCUUUCCGACACCUGACAGGAACCACAGGUGGACGAACCCAGUGCCGGUUCUGUCUCGGUAACUGACUUUCUGCGUGAAGAGGUCGCAGUUUGAAUAAAUUUUAAUCAAGCUGCUGCUUUCAUCAUUUUCACAACAGAGCCAAACGGAGGCUUUGUCUAACAUGUUCAGGUUCACACAGCGCCUGCUCUAACCAGCGGGUCAAACCAGGAUGCAGGAAAUCUGCUUCAGAGACAUGAAGGAGUGUUUGUGCUUUGUGUUAAUUAAAAUCUAGAUUAUUGCCAAUUAAAGUUUUAUUUUAAGGAUUCAAAUUUCAAACUUUCAGUGUUUCUCUAAUUAUAACCUGCAGCAGGUGUGUUAGCGAGCUGCCUAACGGGCCGGAGCCAGUGUUUGUCCCGGGCUUAGCUGUGGCCCAUUAAAGCCAAAGACAACGGGAGGAAAACUUGGACGCUGAGUGUCAGAAUCCCUGUGGUAUUAAACUGCUCCGCUGUUGAUCUGAACGUCCAGCAGGAGGCGCUGUUCAGAGCAUUCAGCAGAACAUCUCCUGAAAGUUUUAAGCUGAAGAACAAAAUCAUGCAGAAUCCAACCAGAUGGUCUUUGCUCAGACUGAUCCCCUUUGGGCCUCAGAUCCUCAUGGAUCGAUGGAUGAAGUUCUGGUCAAAUAAAUCACAGAAAUAAAUGUUUUUAUGAAGAAUAUGGAAACAAAAUGAUAAAGGUGCACCCACUGAUUAAAAAAAACUGAUAACCUGGAGAAACUCAGAGUUCCCACACUAUCAGAGACCCUAAAGGCAGCACUGAACACAACCCAGAACCAGUCUGAUGAAUUUUAGUUUCCAUAACAACCUUGAAUGAACUCUUCUACAUCUUCAGUCUCACAUUCAGGAAACAGGCCUAAUAUUGAUGGUGUUUUUGUCCGGUCAGCUCUUUGCUGCCUUCAGGGAUUAAUAAAGUGUGGGAAUUACGACUUUCUCCUUCGAUUUCUUGUCUAAUAGCAGAGCUGAUCUUAAUAAGAACUAUUUAAACUGCAGAACGAAGAAUAUUUUCUUCCUGUUGAAUUUCUUAAUUUCACAAUGUUUUUCAAUCUUAAAUACAGAGUUAAACUUCAGGCUGACCUGAAUCAUAAAAUAACUGCUGCCAUGGGGCCUGGGGGCUUGUCUGAUUAUUCCUGUGAUUAAACUCCACAGAUUAACUCAGGAUAUUUGUUGAAUCAUCUUUAUUGAAGCAGUAAAUGGAUCAGAUGUUAUCUGCUGGAAUUAAGAACUGCAGGAAAUGUUUGACAGGAUGGAUGCAGAGAAUAAUGGACGUCAGUGGGGGGAACCCAGACAGGUAGAUUCCUCUGCAGAGGGCUUUGUUGGGCCUUCGUGGAUCGUUUGGGUAAAAUGGGACGUUCAGUUCAACAGUUCAGAGAACAGGAAGCUGAAGCGAUGCUGGAUCGUGUGAUGUUUGCAGGAAGACGAGUGUUUGACUGAGUUUAGGACUUAAAAUUAUCAGAGUGACAGUGCCAGUUUGAUCCGAAUCUUUGGUGUUUACCUUUAAUCAGAGGAUGGUUUUUAUUUUUCUAACUCAUGGUUCAAUCCGUGCCUCUUGGUCUCCUCGCAGACCAAUGAUGAGCUAAUAAACCUGUGUUGAUCAAA